AGGGGGAAAAAAGAAAAAACAUAGGAACAGGUGCCCGGCUUCUCUUAGCGUAGCAAGAAUAUAAGCCAACGCUAAUUUAGGAUGGACGAUGUUCUGAUCCCAGAUAUGGUAAAAUGGAUGCAUUUCUGCGAUAGAAUCCCAAAAAAGGCUACGAAACGAGGCCAAAUGUUUUUUUUGCUUUUUGUUGCCUCAUUUUCAUGCACAAAUCCUUAUUUUUAAUUGAUGAAAAUGGUGCCAAAUAAAAUGGUAAAGGGCUCUAGAAGAGAUGCGUCACUCUGAGCUGAUUUUUCAGUUAAGAUCAUGACAGUUGUGAAUAUUCCUUGGCAUGCUUAUAGAAACUGUUUUGCUUCCACACAUGAUGGCGCCAGUGCAUCAAAAAAGGCAGUUAGUUAAAUUUAAGUUUUAACAAAAAUAUUGCAGUCACCCAAUUUGUACCUGGAUUAUGUAAUGCCCUUGGAGCCAAGUGCAUGAUGUGAGAGAGAGAGAGAGAGAGAGAGAGAGAGAGAGAGAGAGAUAUUUGCGUGCUUUCUUUUUGAUGUCAUGCUAAACCAUUGUGUGAUUUGAUGAUAAAAUAUCAUGCAAUUGUGGUUAAAAUGGGAGCCCUCCAAAAUUACAUGCAUUUCUUGCCUCCUCUCUUGUUAAAUGUUUCCUCCUUCCCAGACUGUACUUUGCUAGGCCACAGAGCAUAGCAUCACCACCAUUACAUCAACUCUCUCUCUCUCUCUCUCUCUCUCUCUCUCUCUCUCUCUCUCUCUCUCUCUCUCUCUCUCUCAACGUAGUGUUGUGUGUAAACAAAUACAUGAUGGGGAGGCCUCCUUGUUGUGAUAAAUCAAAUGUGAAGAGGGGGCUUUGGACACCGGAGGAAGAUGCAAAAAUACUUGCAUACGUAGGCAACAAUGGAGUUGGCAACUGGACUUUGGUUCCCCAAAAAGCAGGACUCAAUAGAUGUGGUAAGAGUUGUAGGCUUAGGUGGACGAAUUACCUCAGGCCGGACCUCAAGCAUGACAAUUUCACCCCUGAGGAAGAACAGCUUAUUCUUGACUUUCAUCAAGCUAUUGGCAGCAGGUGGUCUUUGAUAGCAAAACAACUACCUGGAAGGACAGACAAUGAUGUGAAAAACCAUUGGAACACCAAGCUGAAGAAGAAGCUUUCCAAAAUGGGGAUAGAUCCGGUAACCCAUAAGCCCUUCUCUCAGAUCCUUUCCGACUACGGAAAAAUCAGCAGCCUCCCAAACACCAGAUACCCGAUUCCGUCCACGAACAACAUGCAAGUUUCAGUCUCUGGACUGACUUUCCUUCCAAUGGAAAGUUCAAUCAGUAAACCAUUUCCACAGCAAUUCCAAGACGAGUCUUUUCCAAACCAACCGUAUUUCUACACAGAAAUUUCCUCUUCGGCUUCAUCAUCAUCAGGCUCCUGUAGUUUCCCACAACUGAGGUCCCCACAAUCCUUUCCCUGCCCACAACAUCAGGCUCCGGUGAUCACAGCGCCUUCUCCUCCUCGUUGGAGUACUGAGUUUCUUCUCGGCGACCCUAUUCAUUCCGCGGAUACGGAGAAAUUUUCUUCAGCCUUUUCUCCCCAUUUGAGUGAAGUUGGACAAGAGAAAGCAUGUGGAGGAAUGUCCAAUGGAGGUCAGAAAAAGCACUUGUCCGAAGCUGCUUCAUCUUCUGCAAGUUCAUUUGUCGAGGCCAUUCUGGAUAGAGAUAGUGAGAUGCAGAUGGAAUUCCCUGAGUUCAUGAAUGAGUAUUUCAAUUACUGAGUCCUUAAGUUCUCACUUUUUAGCUAAACCAGAACUAGCAGUUAAUUUUAUGUUAUGUCAAUCGAGCUUGCACUAGACCAGAAUGAGCGAUGGAAGAAAAGGGUUGUCAUGGGUUCAGCCUGUUUAG